CUAUUUUCAUUUUGAGAUUGCUUGUGGACAAUUUUUCAGUUUGCUAUUUAACAGCUUAGGCUUUGAUACCGUUGACUUAAGAAAGACAGCUUUGAGAAAACAAUGGACCCACAUAUGAGUGACGAAGCAACAGUUUGCCUGAAGGAAAAGGAUAUUCAGAAGUUAAGAGAGUCAGAAGGGGGUGUGGAAUUUGAAGUGGAUGAAUACCAAAAUGCUGAAGAGGAAGAAGAAGAAGCAUUCCCACCAGAGGACAUUCUGAACAAUAUCUAUAUACCUGAUGAGGAAGACAGUGAUGACGAUGAUGAGUUAUCUCCCUUUCAAAAGUUGGCAAAGAAAAUGGAGGAUAUAUCCCCAUCUGGUGAUGGUGGAGUGAAAAAGAGGGUUUUACACCCAGGAGGAGGAAGUAUUGUCCCUGAAGAAGCAAUUGUUAGGGUUCAUUAUAAUGCAUUCCUGGAGUAUGCUGAUGAACCAUAUGAUUCAACUAGAUUGAGAAAUGCACCAGAAAGAUAUAAACUUGGGCAAAGGGAUACAAGAGAACAGCCAAGCACACGAUACACUAAUAUUCGCUUCAAUCAGUUGCUUCAUGGAUUAGAGAUUUGCAUUAAAACCAUGAAAAAGGGAGAAUUAGCACAACUGUUGGUUUCACCAGACUAUGCAUAUGGUAAACUUGGUAUAGAACCAAGAAUUCCUGGGAAUUCAACAGUGAUGUUUAAGUUGGAGCUGUUGAACUUUGUUGAGCAUGCCGGUAUAGAGGAUUAUGACAUGAUGACAAAGGAAGAAAGGGAUAAGAUAGAAUUCUCAGACAUACUAAAGUUUGUUGAGGUUGAAAGACAGCUUGGAUUACAAGUGUAUAAAGAACAUGCUUACCAUAAAGCCUUUGGCCAUUAUAAAAAGGCAGCAAUGAUGCUUGAAUCCAGGAAUGUAAAAGAUGAAGAGGAGGAGAAAACUCACAGGGGGAAGUUGUUUACUCUGUAUUCCAACAUGGCUGUGUGUGCAUCAAAACAAAAUAAAUUUAACCUGGUUAUGACAUACUGCAACAAAGGGAGAGAAAUAGAACCAAACAAUGUCAAACUUCUCUUCCUUCAAGGAAAGGCACACCGAAGGAGCUCCCACUUUGAAGUAGCACGAGACAUGUUGAAGAGGGCCCAGAGGAUGAACCCAAAUAACACUGAAAUAAACAAAGAGCUUCAGGAAUUGGACAGAGACAUCAAAAAGUUUAGUUUGGUAGAAAAGGACAUGUACCAAAAAAUGUUUUCCAAACCUACAGGACAGUCAGCAGAAGAAAAAGAGCAGGAGAACUUGAAAGCAAAGAAAAAAAGAGAGAAAAAUUUGAAUGUUUCAGAUGAUUUUCAGAAGAUGGUUGAAGAAAAACUGCUUGAAUUCAUUAAAGAUGAUCUGCAAGAUGACAUGCCAUUCCCAGCCUUAAACUUGUCAGUUGGGGAGAUAGCAUGUAUAAUGGAGAAAUGUGAGAACCUUGGAUUAAACUGUAAACAGAUUGGUUCAGGUCAACAUUACAGACUUAAGAUAACAAAGAUGAAGAAAGAGGAAACAGCAUAGUGAAUUAACUAGUCAUAUCAUUACACAUGUUUGAAUGUUAAUGUCUGUUACAUUAUAUUUAAUGUGAUUGUUGGAUGACUGUUAUGUGUAAACUAGUAUAAGUAACAUCAAGAAGGGAAAAACAAAAUAGUGAAUUUACCAUGCAGUAUUAAGCAAACUGUAUUAGAAAUGUAGUGUACAAAUGAGAUUUAAAAAAAGGAGGCGGCGCAAUGUGUACUCGAGUGAAACAAAGAAAGCGGAAAUAGAAUAAUGAUACAAACUUUAUUCAUCAUUAAGGGCUGUUCCAGAAAAUACUAUGUCCCUUCAGGGACGGCACUUUUUUUAACCCCACCACCCACUGAAAUAAAAAUAAAUUAGAACAAGACUCCCUUUGCAUUUUGGUAUUUCAAAUACAACCACCAACAGUAAAUUUUAAAAAAUUGCCUUCCCUGGGGGGACAUAGUAUUUUCUGGAACAGGCUUAAGAAAAAUUGACUGUUAACAUUUUGAAUAAAUAUUGUAAAGCUACUCAAUGUAUAUUAAAAGUAAUAGUUAAAUGAAGAAAAUAUAGAAAAAUUUUCCUGUAUGACAAAGCAUACUUUAACUGUUAACAGACAGGACAGACGCUAAUAUAAGUACACCUGCUUUAACUGUAAAGGCUAUUCCAUUAAAAUGUGUGUGGGAGGGUAGGAAGGGACUUUCAAAAUAUCCCUACAACCAAGAACCAUUUUUUAGAUAAUUUUUCAUAAUGGUAAUAGAUUCAUACUGAAAAAAGACCCAUGACCCACAUUCAAUAAUUAAACUUCCCUUCCUACCCUUCCACAUACAUUUUAAUGGAAUAGCCCUUAACUGACAGGAUAGAUUGUAAUAUCAGUACACAUUAGAUUGUAAGGUUGUUUAAUGUUAUCCGACUGAAAUACAGUCAGUUUUAUAUUUUAUGAUUUUUGUUGUCAUAGUUUUUAUAAUCGAUAAUUUGAACACAUUUUAGUCUCAGUUUAUGAAAAUAAUGUUUAACCAAUAACUGAGUUUGGUAUUUUUAGAAAUUCCAGGAUGCAAAAUACCAGUACAGUUUUGUGCUUGUGGUUUAUAAACUAAUUACUAAAAUGUUUAAGCAAGUAUAAGCUUUCUUCUGUCAAUGUUAGUUCUAAAAAAAAAGUAAAAUCACACACACAAAAAUACUGAACUCCGAUUCAGAUUUGUAAGACACGGUUUAUAAUAAAUUUAAUUUCCAAUGAUUUGCAUUAUUAAUCAAUUUCUAAAUACAAAACAUUCAAUUUUCAGCAAC